UCUGAUCCUGUCCCUGCCCACUCACUUAGAAUAUGUAAUGCAUUAGAAUAUGAAAUCCCCCUACUGCCUGUAAGGAUUUAUUUUUCAUGUACAGAAGCUCCUGUAAUACUUCAAGUUGAGUUACUAAAUGCAAUGAGAGAGCUCUGAAUCAACAGCUCUAGUGGAGUAGAGAGGGGAGUUGGUUCUUCUUACAUGUGCUGCCUCUAUUCACUUAGUCUACAAAGGUGUCGGUGAAGCUUUUUAUUCUGCGAUGACUCGGGAUCCGACCAGAGUUGAGCUUUGCUUCUAAGAAGACUUUUUAAAAUCAUAUUUGAUCCUUAUUCUUUGCCACAGAGGACAUAACAUCUAACUGUCUUCCUAUAUCCAUAGUCAUAGAGAUAUAUACUUUGGACCUCAUGCUCUUGGAUCUAAUGUAUUCCAACGACCACCCUGGAAUCUUCCUAACUUGAGCUACUCUUUAAGAUGAAGACUAUAUCAGUGCUCAUCGUAACUUUUCCUCUUCUGCUUUUUGUUCAUGGUUUUCACCCAGAAUGUAAACUACAUCUGGAAAUUAAAGAUGAACAAAGAAAAUGUUUGGCUAAGUUGAGCAUACAACCGCAUCCCGAAUUUAGAGGAUGUUUGGGAGUUUGGGAUAAUAUUACAUGUUGGAACCAAGCUAAAUUUGGAGAAACGGUCACUCAGAAAUGCCCUUCAGUACUGAAACAUUUCUUCAGCAAGGAUGGAAAUAUUAGCAGAACCUGCACAGUGCAUGGAUGGACUGACACAUAUCCAGACAUUUUUGAUGCUUGUGGGCACAAUGAAAAUGUUACUCAAGUUAAUAAGCUUUCGUUCUAUGUAGUAGUGAAGGCAAUCUACACACUUGGACACAGUGCCUCCCUAAUAGCUCUCACAAUUGGAAGUGGUAUUCUUUGUUUAUUUCGAAAACUUCAUUGCACAAGAAAUUACAUCCAUCUGAACUUGUUCCUCUCUUUCAUUUUGAAAGCUAUCUCAGUAUUAAUGAAGGACGAUUUCCUCUAUUCCGAUUAUUAUCCUUGUCCAGAUUCUCUGAUAGGCUGUAAGAUCAUACUAGCGUUUGUGCAUUACUGUAUAACUGCAAAUUUCUACUGGCUCUUGGUUGAGGGAGUUUAUCUGCACACUCUGCUCGUGGUUAUAUUCUCUCCGAACAGACAUUUUAUAACAUAUCUCUUCAUGGGAUGGGGUAUUCCUACCAUAUGUAUUAUUGUAUGGAUUUUAACAAGAAUUUAUUUGGAAGAUACCGGAUGCUGGGAUACCAAUGAUAAAAGCAUUCCUUGGUGGGUUAUAAGAAUACCAAUUAUUAUUUCCAUUAUUGUCAACUUCUGUCUAUUUAUUAAUAUCAUCCGAAUUCUGCUGCAAAAGCUAAGGUCUCCAGAUGUGGGCGGCAAUGACCAGUCACAAUUCAAGCGACUCACUAAAUCUACCCUUUUGCUUAUUCCACUCUUUGGAGUUCAUUAUAUGGUGUUUGCUGUUUUUCCAAUAUCAAGUUUAAGUGAUUGUCAGAUAUGGUUUGAACUUUGCAUUGGAUCAUUUCAGGGAUUGGUGGUGGCAAUUCUUUACUGUUUCUUGAAUACAGAGGUUCAAGGAGAGUUAAAAAGAAAAUGGGGGAGUUUUUAUCUGAACAGAUACUUAAACCGAGAUUACCGUCUUCACAGUCUGUCUAUUUCACGUAAUGGCUCUGAAUGUGCAUCUCAGUUUAAACGAAACUCAAGGGCGCUGUCCAUUAUGCAAACUGAAACGUCAGUCAUUUAACACCUGCAACUUCAACAAGCACGCAACAACAGUGCCAAGGACUGAAGGCAGCACCCAGUGAGAAAUGGUGUGAAUUUAUUCCGGUUGUACAGUGAGUAAGGGCUACUGAAGCCAAGAUGACCAAUCAACUUCUAUAUGAACUCUAGGACUUCGUUAUAGCACUUUCUGUCCUUUAGGCUUUUCCUACCAUCCAUUUACUUUAACCUAAUUUAUUAUAACAAUGUAUCUUUUUAUGUUUUGUGGAUUGUAUUCAGUUGAUUUGAGCAUUCAACUUUGUAUGUGAUUGGACUGGUGAAAGCUGGUAAAGAAUUGUGUAUUUUUGUACAUUUCUGUAAAAUGUAUGAAAUUUAUGGAAAAAUAUCUAACAUACUAAUUUUGUCACUUAUUUGACGUGUAAAACAAAGGAUCAAUUAACAUAAUUAUUGUAAAGUAUGAGAAAAUAUUGCUUUUGUGGACAGAUUGUGAAUGCCUUGAAUAUGCUAUAUUCGUAUUUGAUAUUCCUUCGCUUUUAAGCAGGACCUGUCCCCUUUCUGUGUUUUUUUUUUCUUACACAAUUCGAAAUUCUGUUAUAUGUGGUAUUUAAAAAUGUCAAGAAUAAACUUUUGUAUUUUUGCUUAAAAAGAAUGGCUCACCCGGAUUCAAAGGAUCUGGCCAGCUAUUUUUCUCCCCUCCUUAAACAUUCCACUGGGGGUCCCCGCAGGGAAAACCCUGUCAUCAUCUUAUUAUCAAGGAUCCCUUAUAACUAAAUAGGACAAUCUCUUUAAAGAUUGCCAGUCAGCAGGAUCGACCCUAUUAUAUCAAUCACACUGCCUGGUAGGAUCGUUACUGCUGAUUAAAAUGAUACUCGUCUCAUGACAGAUGCAGCAUUUUUUUCAGGAAUGAUGCAACGUAUUUUCACAACAGAGGUAUCAUUUUAAUCAGUAGCAACAACCAUACCAACUGUUGGUAUAAUAAGGUUGAUUCUGCUGAUAGUUAUUCUUUUAAGGGAACCAGUCAUUAACUUUAUGCUGACCGUACUGAGGGCAGUAUAAAAAUUGUGACAGAAAUGCUGAUCUCAGCGGUGUGUCACACA